UCGAAGGUUAUUUUAUCGUAAUCUGUUUCGUAAAGUGAACAAAAUACUUAUAAACCAUGUGUUUUACUUAGUUUAUUAAUUAAUCUUACAGAUUAAUUUUUUUAUGAAGUCGUCCAGCAUACAGCUGAUUUUGACAUUGAUUUGUUUUUAUUUAUUUAACCUAGCUUAAUUUUAAAUGUGUUUUAAAUAUAAUAUUUUUAAUAUAAACUGAAAUAUAGUAAAAAUAUGAGUAAAGACGUGUUAUUACGCGUAACGCAAAUUAAUGCUAUAUUUCUGGACAGCGAAAUAGAAAAAUUAUUCCGUCAAUUGCUUCAAAAUGCAUUUAAACAUUUACCAGUAACCUGGUUUUCUAGCACGUAUGGAACCAGAAAUUAAUCUUCUAUUAAGAUUUAGCAUAUUAAACUACUCAAUUCUACGCAACGGGUCCACUUUUGGUCAGCAAAUGUUAAAUGUCCAGUACGAGAACAUGUCCACCGUUAAAAAAGCUUUAUACGUUAUUUUUAAUUGUUUAGACUAUUUUAAAAUACGCUGCGAGCACUCGUUUCCAUCGCAUAGUAUUAGUAGGACUAUUUCUACGCUGUAUGUGGCCUACAAAAUAUUGGAUUUUAUCAAUAUAUCGGUGUUUUUGAAGAAUGGAGUGAAACCGAGGCUUAGCGAUAGAAUUUUAGGUUUAAAUCAAGUAUAUUCAAGUGGGACAGGUUCACGUAGCUUUACUAAUAAGUAUAUGACUAGAGAACUGUUAUGGAAUGGAUUUAUUGAGAUUAUGAUUUAUACUCUUCCACUGAUAAACUUCUACAAAUUAAAAAGGGUGAUAAAACAAUACAUUCCGAGUAAAAAACAGAAAUCUUCCCUUAUCGAUGCUGAACGUAGGGUGCUCACUGUCAACACUAAAUGUGCUCACUGUGAAUUGAGCCCUAUAUUGCCCCACCAUAUGGGCUGUGCUCAUAUAUUUUGUUACGUCUGUUUGAAGGGUAACUUAAAUGCAGACUCCAAGUAUGAAUGUCCAAAAUGCGGACACAAAAACCCAAAAUCUGUAUGCAACAAAAUUAUCGUGUAAAAAAAACAAUAAGACUGAAACAAGUUUUUAAUCUGUUUUUUUUUUAAAUACCUGACUAUAAAAUAUAAUAUCUUCUAACAAAAAAAUUGGAUUUUUUUUAAUAUACGUAUAUAUUUGAUCUAACUCUAAAAAAUGCAUUGCACUUAAUACAAAAAAAAUUAACAAGUAAAAAUCGAUAAAAAUACAAUACU